ACUGUUUUCACCUUUGUUGUAUGAUCACAGUACUUUUGUAGAAAGGCAGGCCUGGCUGUGUACUCCAAUCAGAUUACUUGUCUCUGGAUUAACUAACACCUCUUCCGCGACCCUGGGGACCACCGUCUUUGGAAGCAUUGGGAAUUCACCAACCAUCUUUCAGAGAGCAAACAGAAGUUUGUCAGGAGUAUGCUAACAUGGCGUUCUACACACUAUAGAUGUUUGCAUUUUUGGGCCACUGUGUGACCUAAAAUUUGGUACAAUGUCAUCUGUGCACUCACGCAACAAGGACCAAAGGAAGUCUUGGUUGGAUUUAACAUCGUCAUCAAACUCUGCGACGACCAGCAGUUUCAAAGACAGAUCGUCUAGGGUGGUGACUGGGCAAGGCUCUCGUGCUGGAGACAGAGAAAACAGACUGGCAAGUCUGAAAAAAUUGGAAGAUGAGGCCGGAUUCAAGAAUUAUAUAAAGAGGUAUGAAAAUGCUUUGGCAGAGAAUGAGAAACUGAAAUCCCAGCUGACAAGCAACAAACAAGAGCUGAUCAAGGUCCAGACGGAGCUGGAGAAAGCCACUCAGGAGAGAAUACACAAAAGGUUGAGUGUCCUUGAGACAGAGAAAAUGGAAAUUCAAGUUCUGGAGAAAAAAAUAUCAGCAAUGGAGAAGGAAUUGAAGGCAGUGGCUGAUCUGAAGUCUGAAAAUCAGAAGCUGAAAGAUGAAAACAGUGCAUUGAUUCGUGUCAUUAGCAAGCUGUCCAAAUGAGGCAAACUUCCAGGACUAUUCAUCCCUACAUCUUAUUUUCACCUUUUUUUCUGUUCAGAAACUUGC